CUGCCUAUUUCGCCCCUUAAGUGUUUGUUAUCUUUGUUGCUAGAGCGCUUAACACAGGUGUUGGAUGCAGAAAGGGAGUCACCUAGAGAAUUUCAGCCAUUACCAUUCCACUAUAUCGAAAUAUCUAAGCUUCUGUUUGAUCAUUCUCGUGAUGACAUCACAGAUGCUUACUUGGUGAGAUCUUUGAUCGAGGAUAUCAGAGAUGUCAGGUUCCAUAAGGUCGAGACUGGAUUAGAGACAAUAUCUGGCCGUACUCAUGCUGUGAAGCUCAAAAAUCUCUCUGCAAUGGAGGUGAAUAUCGUGCGUCCAUUUAUGGUGAGAACUUUGCAGGCGUUCUACAAGCAUGAUAGCCCACAGAUGAUUCAGCAGGCAGACAACACAGGGAGCAGAUCAACACCAGUCACAGAUCGCGGUCCAAGAAGAGACCUAAGGCGCAGGUAACGAGCAUACUCGUGCCGGAACAGCUGAGGCGCAGGUAGUGAGCGGGACAUCCAUGUGCGCAUCACUUGUAUUUGCGGAUAGUUUUCUGCAUAGGAGUGGAAUUGUAGUGAACAAAGGUACCCGCUGCGCUGUUGUCAUGUGCUGUAUGUUAUUAGCUGAAAAGCCAUUUUAGUUCCCUCUGCGUGUUGAUUUUAUCCCACUGUAUCGGAUCGUGAUGGAUGUGUGUUUAUCUAUUAACCACAAGGUUUUAGAAUUGGCCGUUGUA